AUGACAUCUUCAAACAUUCAUAUGAUUCAAAAGAUCAUAUUUUACGAGGACAGAAACUUCCAGGGCCGCUCCUAUGAGUGUGACACCGACUGCCCUGAUAUGCACCCCCACUUCAGCCGCUGCAACUCUAUUAAGGUGGAGAGCGGAUGCUGGGUGCUGUACGAGAAGCCCAACUACACCGGCUACCAGUACGUUCUGACCAGAGGAGAGUACCCAGACUACCAGCGCUGGAUGGGCUACAACGACACCAUCCGCUCCUGCCGUACUUUCUCUUAUACCAGCGAGGGCCCCUACCGCAUACGCAUCUACGAGCGUCCCAACUUCCAGGGCCAGAUGAUGGAGUUCAGUGACGACUGUGAGUCGGUGCAGGAUCAUUUCCGCAGCCGUGACAUCUACUCCUGCAACGUCAUGGAGGGCUACUGGACCCUCUACGAGCACUCCAACUACCGCGGCCGGCAGUACUUCAUGAGGCCCGGAGAGUACCGCAAGUUCAGUGACUGGGGGGCCACCUGCGCCACCACCGGGUCCUUCCGCAGAAUCACAGAUUUUUAA